CACCCUUCCCUCUCCGGCCUCCCCGUCUCUUUCGUUUUCUUUCUUUUAAGCCUAAGGCUCUUUGUAUUUGGGCUGCCCGGCUGCGCCCCUGGACAACCUUCGCUUUUCACGCGACGCUUCCCCUCCUUUGACUCUCCAGCAGGCCCUGAUCUCCGGCAGCAACAAACGAAAUGUACUUCUCUUCAUCCUUCUCCAUCCUUGCCCUUAUGGCGCCCGUCCUGGUCUCGGCGGCUCCCAUGAGAAUGAGCAGACGAGCGGCUAGUGCGACUGAUCUCCUUGUAUUGAAAUUCGCCGACGUGUUGGAACAACUAGAGUCCCAAUUCUAUACCCAGGCGCUGUCAAAGUUCCAAGAGUCUGAUUUUAACGCUGCUGGUUUCUCAGCAGCGCAAGUGCCCAUCCAACAAUUCUCCGUUAUUGCCGGUGACGAGAAGACACACUCGACGGUACUCCAGUCGCAAAUCACCGACCUUGGCGACAAGCCCAUCACGAACUGCAACUUUGACUUUUCGAGCGCAUUGACCGAUGUGAAGACCAUGGCUGCUACCGCGCGUGUCGUCGAGAACGUCGGUGUCGCAGCGUACCUCGGUGCCGCGCACUUGGUGGACGAUGCGAGCCUUCUGACCGCUGCAGGGAGUAUCUUGACAACCGAAGCCCGCCACCAGACGAUCCUCAACGUCCUCAGCGGCACCGGUACCGCCAUUCCGAAUGCAUUCGAUCUCGCAUUCACCCCCUCUGAAGUGCUUGCCAUCGCAUCUCCGUUCAUCUCUGGCUGUGAUGUUGGCGUUGCGGCGAACCCCACAUUGUCUGUGACGAACACAGGUGCUGUCACGACUGGCACGGCCUUGACGUUCAAAUCUGAUGCCAUCCCCAGCGAUACUAGCAAAUUGAGCUGCCAGAUGCUCACGGGUGACAUGUCCUUCUCCGUCACGUUGCCCUUCGACAGCUGUGUCGUCCCGAGCGGUAUCAACGGCCCCGUCGCCGUCUACAUCACCAACGAUACGCAGCCCCUGCUCGCCAACGUUGUUGAGCGCGCCACCGUGAAUGUCGUCGCGGGCCCCACCAUGGCCUUCAUCGACACGACGCCGCAGAUGCUCGGUCAGCUCGCAUCGGCCACCGCGACCGCGUCGAGCGGCACGACGACGUCGACGAUCACGCCCGAGCAGGCGAGCUCGAUCAUGGCCAGCGCCAGCGCCGCACAGGCGACCGCGUCCGCAUCGGUUGGGGGCACCGCCGCCGCUGCCGCGGGCGUGUUGGACGAGACGCCUGGGAGCCGCAACAACUUCACUGGGCCUUCGCCGGACGGGCACACCUUCGUGAACGGGUACACCAACUGA